AUGUCGACUGUGUUUACCCGACACGACGUCGGAGAACCAGAAGAUCAAGGUCUCCAUGAGACCGUGUACCGUGCAAGGCAGAACGACGGCGCUUUCAAUGGAGCAUUAUCUGACAUCCUCAGACGCCUGGCUUCAUUGGAGCAAUCUGUGACAGCAGCGCCUACUCAGCCCCCUGUAGCGGAUGACUGGAGAAGCCUUCCUCCCCCGAAUUUAUCCGCGCUCCCCCACAAUGAAAUCCUAGAAACCCCUCGGAAUAAUGAUUUCAUCCAAGAACACAUUCCCACUUCUCAUACCGAGCAAACUACGCCAAAUAUCCCGGUGUUCAGCCCAGACACUGGUGGGGCCUUACUUUGGGACGAUGCAUCCAUCACCAAAAAUAUGGCCACCAAAUGGGUCAAUGUAUUUUAUGAUUUAUCAUGGGGUCCUGAGCUUCCUGUGGGAAAAGAGUUCCUCCUUCGUCUUCCUGAUCUGUUCGACCUCCCACACGUCAGGAUCGACACAUCCGCACUUCUCCUAUACUAUACCGUUCUUCUGCACGGGCUAUUCAUGGAUCGAGGCCUCGGUCACUGGAGAAAAGAUCAUGCCUCCUAUUUGUACAGAAAAUUGCUAGAACAUGCUAAAGACUGGGACUUCGAGGCACAACCUACUCUCACAGAUCUUUACACCGCACUUCUCUUGGUAUUUACAACAAAUUGGCUUUUCGACAGUGAGCUUUCGUGGAAAUUUCAUUGCUCUGCAUACCGCAUAGCCUGUAAUCUAGGCUUCUUUCUGCUAGACGCGGACGUCGAUGGCAACUGUCCGUCCCCCCAUGGCCUGUCACCUCAUAAAGACCAGAUGCGGUUCUGCAUCUGGAAUUUGGUGCACAAUGACUGUAAUUUCCGGUUUUAUCUUGACAAGCCGGGUCUUGUCGAUCCUAGCACAAUGGUCGUCAAAUUCCCAGAGCUAUCCACGUGGAAUCCGAACGAAGGGUUAAAUCGAUCAGCCCAAAUAAAUUUCUUGGUGACUACGCGCCUCACCUUUACGAAACUACGAUUUUUCGAUAUGAUGGAUGAUGCACGGCAAAAUAGAUCACAGCCAUGUGACCAGUUAAUAGAGAACCUGAUUAAGGAGAGUCAAACAGCCCUUACAGACUGGAAAAUAGAUGAAAGCCUUGGAGCAGCAAAGUAUAGCAGCAGCGCCUUGUUUCACGACGAAUUAAUCCAAAACGCUUGCACUACCAUCAUUUUGCUGAAUCGUAAAAGACCGGUAUCAAACAGUCUGACUUCGAAAAACCAGUCGCUUGAGGCGGCAAGGAGAGCAAUUGAAACCAUGAAGCGAGUAAUGAACAUUGAUUCGACUGGCUCGUACUGGCCGACAUGCUACUUCUCUCUCUACUCGGUCGUCACUAUCCUUACCAUAUUCGCUAAUAUUCUAGAGACAAAUGAGCCUGCAGCCAUCGCUCAUGACAUGUCCCUCGCGGUGUGGCUCGGAGUCAUGUUAGUCGAGUGGACAGCCGAGCGCGAGGAACUCCGACCUGUUGAGGCAGCCGUCAGCACGCUGAACGACAUAUGUCGGCAAGUCAAAUUGUGCACGUCCAGCAUACAGGUUCAGCCAAACAAUCAGCUUGUCACGGAUGUGACACCAGCUGACGGGUUGAUGCUCUGCCCUAGCUCGAUCCAGACACUCAAUUGUAUCGGUAUCAAGGUGCAAGAACUUGUUCAGAAACCAUAUGAGACGAUGUUGCUUGUCGAACGGUGGAUUUACUCUCAGCGCCCUAGUAUUCCUGAGAUAUGA